AUGCGAGUGAAGACAGGGAUCAGCCGCAUUCAAAAGUCACCAACUGACUCGGAAAGAAAAUGGGAUACAAUUUCACACGUGCUCCAAUUGACCCGGUUUUCCAGUCAAGGCCUCUAUAAACCAAGGAAACUGAAGAUGAUGGAGAUUGCGUCCACCAACUACUUGCCUGAACUUGAAAUGGAGUACCCAACCUUUCUUGAUCAAUACCAGAUGGAUUUUUUUGCUUGCCCCAUGAAUGAAAUUGGCUUCGAGUCUUUCUCCGGAUCCCCAGAGAGCAAUUCAUCUUAUCAGUUCAACUCAGAAAGCACACCAAAUUGUUUUCCAGAUGAAAGUCCUGAUCAGUCUUUUACCCUGGCAAGGACAACCAAGAGGCUUAAGACAUUCAAUACCUUCAACACUUGUGCCAGUGACUUAAUUUCCCAUAAGAUUUCCGGUUCUCCACCCUCCCAACUUAUUUCUUUUGGCCACUGUAAUGCUUCACCACGUGUUUCCCAGCAAUUUCACAACCUCCAUAUGAAGCCUAAAAUCGAGAGCCCGUCUAGUGAGAACAAGGACUUUACUGCCUUCGUUUCUCAAAGAUCAUAUGAGGACAUAAAUUUCCUGAGUUCUGAAAAUAGAACGAACCAGGUUGGCAUAACCACUAGGAAUUCAAUCCAAGCCCAAGAGCACGUAAUAGCUGAAAGAAAACGUAGGGAAAAGCUCAGCCAGAGGUUCAUUGCUCUUUCUGCCGUUCUCCCUGGCCUCAAGAAGAUGGACAAGGCUUCUGUGUUGGGAGAUGCUAUCAAGUAUGUGAAACAACUGCAAGAGCGCGUGCAAACUCUGGAGGAGCAAACAGCGAAGAACACAACUGGUUCUUCAGUCCUGGUGAAAAGAUCUAUUCUCUUUGCUGACGACGAAAAUUCUGACAGCCACUGCGACCAUUCAUUCCCUGAAAUCGAAGUCAGAGUUUCUGGGAAAGACGUACUCAUCAGAACUCAAAGCGACAAACACAGCGGGCGUGCAGCAGUGAUACUCAGCGAAUUAGAAAAGCUUCAUUUCAUUGUCCACAGUAGCAGCCUUUUGCCCUUCGGCAAUAACAAUGUUGAUGUAACUAUUAUUGCUCAGAUGAAGGAGAAGUACAUGGCUGCAAAGGAUCUCCUAGGAAGGUUACGACAGGCUUUGAAGCAAGUUGAUGGGCCUAACUAA